ACAUCUCUGCAAUACACAAAACAUCGGAUAGUGUAUUUAAUCGGUGUAUUGGAAAACAACAGAUAUACGUAAUAUUCGAUUGAAUUUGAAUAUAUAUUGUCUACAGAACCAUCCGCUGUUGUGAUUAUGCAUUGUCGAAUGAAUAUUAAGUAAUCUCUGACCUAGACAUAGCUGUCUAGACGUUUGACCGACUUAGAUGUGCAGUAAAGAUCCCUUCGCCAUAUUGGUGCAAAUCAUUAACAAAAAUGUUGUGAUUUAAAACAUAAAAUGUGGAUUUACAGACUUGUGUGGACUGUUAUUGUGACUGUCAAUCAGUUUAACGUGCAAGCUGUUGAUGUUGCCACAUCCUGCGCCUAUAAGGAUGACAGCUACAAACUGAACAAGACGUCUCACGCGGCUGCAAAUGCUGACCAGUUUUACCAGUACCUCGUACAAGAAAUGAACAGCACUCGUGGCGUUAAGAAAAACGUUUUCAAUGGUUAUGAACAGUGCGAAGAUUCUCUUGGAACUAGUCAUUGUUAUACACUCUGGCAGAAUCCUAAAAGCUCAAAUGAAUUGCCUGUCAUCAUAAAGCAAGGCUGUUGGAUAAACCUGUCCCAGGAUGCCUCACUUGACGGUUGCCAGGCUACUAAAUGCAGGUUCUCCACAUCUGACUCGACCACCAUAGCGGAGCUCAACUACUGCUGCUGCACGGGGAACAAGUGCAAUGACGUGAAGUCAGGUGGCGCCACAGUCACGGAAACCAUGGACAAUUCCGACACUGGCAGGACACAUGAGCUGCAGACAGAUACAAAAAAGACUGAUGAAGGUGAGAUGUUGUGUGCAUAUCGGUCGCCCCAUCACGUGGCAGGCAAGAUGUCGUCCAGUCAGAACACGGAGUCGGUAGUGAUACAGGGGGACAAAUUGAUGAUACGCUGCGUGGCAGGGAGCAAUUUCUGCUUCUCUUACUACCAGCUUGACCCGAUGAACAAAUCCAGAAUCAACAUUCAGUAUCAAGGGUGCUGGAAUGAUGUGGACGACAAGAAAAGCUGUGAGUCGAGCCAGUGUAUCCCGUACGAGAAGAAUCACUAUAGUCACCGACAGACCAACAACUCCUACUUCUGCUGUUGCUAUGGUAACCUGUGCAACAACAAUGUCUCCACAGAGAUUGUUCCUUUCAACAAGACCUCCACUACAGAACCAACAGGUCCAGUUUUGCGUCCGAUGCGUGACCCAACAUACAGAGAAAGGACGAUCAUAAUAUCCUUGUUGUCAGUGUUCUCGGUAGCAGUCAUCAUUCUGGCAACCUACUUCGUGUAUCGAUGCUGCUUUCAACCUCAACACGUGCCCGUGCUGACGACAAACGCUACUGAAGAAGAACCAGAGCCCACAUUCGACAUCGACAAACUGAAAAUCAGCUGUCAGAUCACAAAGGGCCGUUACAGUGAGGUGUGGAAGGGUUCCCUCAACGAACAGGAUGUGGCGGUUAAAAUCUACACACCCAGCUAUAAACAGUAUUAUUACAAUGAGAAGUACAUAUAUUCCCUGCCGUUCAUGGAACAUGAGAAUGUUCUCAAGUUUAUUGGUGGGGAGGAGCGGAUACUUCAGGACGGAACAGUCCAACAUCUGCUGGUGCUCGAGUACAUACCAGACGGAACGCUGCUUAACUACCUGAAGAACAACACAUUUGAUUGGUUCACCAUGUGCAAGCUGUGUCACACGCUAGCUCGGGGAAUGUCUCACCUUCACACGGAACAAGGGUCUGGAGAUAUAUUCAAGCCGACUGUGGGGCACAGGGAUCUGAACAGCCGUAAUGUGCUGGUCAGGCAGGAUCUGAGCUGUGUGAUCGCAGACCUGGGCUUCUGUACAUCGGCCAAAGGAUCCAACGUCAUACUCAAGGGGCGAGUAGAAAAUGCAGAGCAGACCUCACUCACUGAUAUUGGCACCCUACGCUACAUGGCCCCAGAGUUGUUGGAUGGAGCGGUGAACCUGCGGGACUGUGAGGCGUCCCUAAAGCAUAUUGACAUCUACGCACUGGGCCUCGUCCUGUGGGAGAUCUCCUCACGCUGUGCCGACCUCUAUCAAGGCUGUCCAAUGCCUGAGUUUGCCCUGCCCUACCAACAUGAGGCAGGGAACCACCCGACGUUUGAGGAGAUGCAGCUACUGGUUUCCAGGAACAAGGUGCGACCAAAGUUCCCUGAGGUCUGGAAGGAAUACAAUCAGACAAUCCGAGUCCUCAAGGAGACAAUAGAGGAAUGCUGGGACCAGGACGCAGAAGCCAGACUCACCACGAUCUGUGUCGAGGAGAGGAUUGCUGAACUGAAGGCUCUCUGGUGCCAUGACAACCGCAAUAAAGCAAACAAAGUGUAUACAGGUGUCACCCCAACAAUCAACACCGCCUUGCUAUCUCACGCAAACACCAACUCCAGGCCUGGUUACCACGGCAACGGUAACACUCAGUGGGGCGGUCUCAGUUCCGCCUCGGAAUCCACAGCUCCGAACAUCGCAGCAGACGGCAACACAUCGGCAUUGAUUAGAAACGACAUUCACAACAGCACGGGCGGCAUUUCAGGCAUGUCUCUCAGUGAGUCCACAUCAGUAUUGCCCCAGAGUUGGAGCGGUGAUCGCCAUGGCAGCUUCUCCACCUCCACCAUGGAGACCACUGUCGCUGUGACGCCUGGGGAGCCGCUGGUGGCGCCACCUAGCCACCCGAAGUCGCAGAACAUCAACCUUCUGAUGAAUCAGCCAGUGCCGCGUCACCAGGGUCGCAACCCGAUCGUGGAGAGAAACACGCACAAACGCAGCGACGAGGAAUUGGCGGUGGUCGGCAACAACUUAAUAUACAGCAGAGGGGAUCCACAGCAGAAUUGCCCAACAGACAGUAUUUUUGACAAUUUUACGGAGAGUCUAGAGUCAUCGCUGAUGCAACAUGAUUCACUGAACCAAAACCAGUCUCUAGCAACUACACAAACCCACAAUCAAAGGAACCAUAACCUGGCACCUACUACUACCGAACUGCGUCGUAAAGUUAUCAACAAUCCUGAGGAGCUAGGAGUUAACGCUGCCAGAGGCCUAGCAAAUGGUGUGAAUCAUACCAAGGAUUCGAGAAAUUCUUAUAUCUCUCGAUCAAGUAAGAAGGUCAAGGAGAUUGGGUUCUUGGGUCAAUUGGCUUUGUUUGGGAGAUUGGCCUUUGGCGGGAAAUUUGAGGUUAAAAAGCAUUCUUCUGAUGGAGAGAAUGUUUCCUGCAUGGAGAAUGGAAGGGUAGGUGAAAUAGUUGGGCGCCAAAACCCGAUUUUUGAGCCCUCGCAUGUUUUUGAGACUGAAGUAAGACUGACAGGUUCUGGUGCAGUAGUGCGUCCCGCAGGAUAUCAAGCAGCGUCGAGUAACUCAAGUGCAAUGGACGGGAUUCGAUUAACGAAUCUUGAACAUGAGGCACAGCGUAGAAGUGUUGAAGUUGACCCCCAUGUGGAAAGCAGUGACCCAGAGCCACAAAGCGAUUCGCCACUGAUUACCAGACACAGGGUUGCACCUUAUUCAAAAAGCACCUCAGACUUGAGUCCUCAGAAAUUGAGUCUGAGCUCAAAAUUUGAAGAUGAUAUGAAACUUCAAAGGCCGAGUACUCUGUCAUUAAGGGGACAUAACUAUAGUCAGGCCAGCAAUGGAAGUCUCACGUCUCUGUCCAAGUUAAAAGGCAUUGUGAAACAGAAAGGCAUAACAAAAAGGACUUCUUUGAAUGGUUACACGAUGAUAGAUAAAUCAAGGAGGGAAGGGUUUUCUAAGGACAGUAAUAACUCUGUAGAAAAACUUGGCGUUCAUGAGCGAUCGUCGUCAGGGAAGAAUGCUCGGUUUUCUCUCCAUGAUGACCGACUCAUGACAGACAGUUCUAAAAAUCUUGGUGGUAAAAACAUUGCCAACGAUGAAGUCAACUGUAAGCCGAGUGCAAGCUUACAACAUUUUAAUGUGAUUGAGGAGAAUACCCAAACCUGGGCUGAUUGUGCUAGUUAACAGUUGCCCCUCAUCUUUGUUGUGUAAAUAGUAUGAAGUACCAUAUGGUUAUUUCAUAUUGCUUUGAGUAUUGUUGCACUGCAUAAUUAAAUUGUUGUCAAUCAUAAUAAUUAUUCAUGCUUUAACACUUCUAAAGAAACUCCACACUUUGAUUGCACAAUUUGUUGGUUUUAUUAAGUAGGUAGUACAAUUUAAGAAAUGUAUUAUUUUUCAAUGUCUGCAAUCUCCUGUAAGGUAACAUUAGUGUCUUAUUUCUAAAUAUUUACUUGUGAUUUUUCUGGAAUUUUAAGGUUGAUUAACAUCAAUCCUUUUUUUUUUAAUUGACGGAUUUUUUAAAUUGUAUGUUGUUAUGUUUGCCGUGGACAGACAGUUAUCAAAAUCAUACCAUACUGGUCGUGUACGUAAUUCCAGCCACUUUUGGGACUAUUUUAACAAAAUCUUUUGUUUUACGCAACUGGUUUAAACUAAACUUCACAUAUAUAACCCUGGGUUCAAAACUCACCUAGCAUGAAAAUUUCAAUAGAAUUAGAUCAGUGUAUGUUACUUUUAUGAAGAGAAAUUAAUGACAUAUAAACUAUCAAUUUUCGUAGGGCAAUUGUACCUAAAAAAUCGGCCACUUUUCAGUUUAAUUUGCAGGUACAAUUACAAAGCAAUAUCUUUAGACGAAUGUCCUCAUUUGAAGAGUAUUAAUAAAGGUUUACACAAACACAAUUUAUGACUUGAAACUUAAAAAAUAUGCGACAUUAUUAUACCAGUUACACCACCUACCUAUUUUAAUAAAUAUUAACAGGCCUGCACGGUUAAUGGGCAACUGCACAUUCAUAAAAAAUAUUUAUUUUCAAUAGUUUUAAUCAAUUUUUACUAACAUAGCUAAGAAAGUAUAAACAUUAUGUUUAAAAAGUUGACUUUAGUGUCGAUUUUUAGUAAACGCUUAUAUUUAAUUUUACAAAAUGUAAACCAUUAAUAUUCAAAUCAAGGGAGGUAAUUCAAAUAUUAAAAGUUUAUAUUUAGGUCCUGAUUUUUAUACGCCCGUAUAAAAUACGGGACGUAUUAUGUGAAACCCCUUGGCGGGCGGGCGGGCGGGCGGCGGGCGGAAGGCAUCACUUUGUCCGGACUCUAAUUCAAAUUGUAUUCAUCCGAUCUUCACCAAACUUGGUCAGCAGUUGCAUCUAGUUGAUAUCUAGGCCAAGUUCGAAUAUGGGUCAUGCCGGGUCAAAAACUAGGUCAUAGGGUCAAUAAGUGCAUUUUCAAAGGGGCCACUUUGUCCGGACUCUAUUUCAAAUUGUAUUCAUCCGAUCUUCACCAAACUUGGUCAGCAGUUGCAUCUAGUUGAUAUAUAGGCCAAGUUCGAAUAUGGGUCAUGCCGGGUCAAAAACUAGGUCAUAGGGUCAAUUAGUGCAUUUUCAACGGCGCCACUUUGUCCGGACUCUAAUUCAAAUUGUAGUCAUCCGAUCUUCACCAAACUUGGUCAGUAGUUGCAUCUAGUUGAUAUCUAGGUCAAGUCCGAAUAUGGGUCAUGCUGGGUCAAAAACUAGGUCAAAGGGUCAAUUAGUGCAUUUUACUUUGUCCGGACUCUAAUUCAAAUUGUAUAAAUCUUAUCUUCACCAAACUUGGUCAGUAGUUGCAUCUAGUUGAUAUCUAGGCCAAGUUCGAAUAUGGGUCAUGCCAGGUAAAAAACUAGGUCAUAGGGUCAAUUAGUCCAUUUUCAACAGCGCCACUUUGUCCGGACUCUUAUUCAAAUUGUAUUCAUCCGAUCUUUACCAAACUUGGUCAGUAGUUGCAUCUAGUUGAUAUCUAGGUCAAGUUCGAAUAUGGGUCAUGUCGGGUCAAGAACUAGGUCAUAGGGUCAAUUAGUGCAUUUUCAACGGCGCCACUUUGUCCGGACUCUAAUUCAAAUUGUAUUCAUCCGAAACUUUUAAACAACUUUUUAUCCUGCGUCAAAGUGGUAUGGGGGUAUAUUGCUUAUUUCCAAAACAAAUACAUCAAUCAUCAGUGUAUCAUCUCCAAUGGCACACGAAUCGGGCGUAUAUUGCUCCGUCAUGCGGCGCUCUUGUUUUGUUUUAAAUGUAUGUUUUUAUACAAUUAAUUAUAAAUACCUUAAUGAAAGUUUAUCAGAUAGAAAUAAUAAUAAUUUUAUCAAAUAUAUUUGUUUCUUAUAUGAAUAUAAUUUUUGCAAUGGAUAAUGACGUCACUUUCAUGAGAGAAAUAUCUUGUGUUAUGGUUGAGACAUUUUAAUGCAAACGUUUACAGUGAUAUGCUUCUAUUAUUUGCAAAAUAUUGAGAUUAGGGUUGGUUUUCAAGUUGAUUGUUCUAAAAAUAAUCAAAACAUGUGUGUUUAGAUCAUCAAAAUGAUUAAACACAGGUGGCCGAUUUUUUACGUACAGGCCGGAAUUACGUACACGACCAGUAAACCUUGCAGCUUGAUUUUUUCAAAGGAAAGAAGUCAUACAACAAGUACUUGAGAUUACUUUUGUUCAAAGACGUAAUAAUUUUGACGGUUCAGUUUCACGUUCAGUAGUUUCAAGAUAACUUGUUUGCAUUUAUGUAAAAAUAGCAAGUGCUCAACACUAGAAAAACAUGUGAAAAUAUUUCAGGUAUAGUGUUUUCUUGAUCAGAAAUAGGGCAACAGUUAAAUAUCAUAGUUGUAAUUGCGUUAAGUGGGAAAGCAUUGAUGCAGUUACCUAGCCAUUGUUUGGUAAAAGUACUGAUACAUAUUUUUAUCAUACCACCGCUUUGAUAUCUGCCUGAUAACGUUGCCUGAUAUUUUUUUAUAUCAUGGUCAACAGGAAGUUCCUAUAUCAGUCAAUGUUUGAAGUUACGUGUGGUUUGCAAUAAAGACAACAAUUUCUAUCAACAUGAAUCAGGUUUAACAAAACAAACCAUUUGAUACCAAGAACGUACAUAUUUUAUUCUAGUUUAAAGUCAUAAAUCACAAAAACGUUUAUUUUUUAAAAAUCACCACAGCCCGCACUACAGAAGUUAAAUGACGUCACUAAUGGGACAAUAAAUCUUAAAUACCGAUAUAGUCAUUGCACUCGCAAAUGUUGCACAGAAAGUCAAGACAAAUGAUUACUGUAUGCCUAAUCUCAACUAUUUAAACAAACGAUUAAACACGCUUAUGUCAAUAUUGACACCAUCAUCAAAAUGUCAAUUUCAAUACACAUCUCCAAAAUGGCGUCUACAAACUAUUCGGUGAAGUGUGUUCUUCGAUUAAAUUUGUCGCUGCAGUCCAUUCCUGAUCUCCAAUUCAAAACAUUUAUAAUAAAAGGGGGUGUUCUCUUCGUAUUCAUAGUGAAGACAACUUUUUUUCUCUGUACGUUGUUUAACAUAAGCGAUUAUUCGUUUCGAUUUUUCGAACGCCCUUUCUUAUAUGUAUGUCAACGUGUAAAAGCCGGAUCAGCAAAAUCAGCGGGGAUCCGUACAUUUUAAAUAUAAAAAAAAUUGAUUGUUUUGCAGAUUUUUAGGAAAUGUGGUAUGAUAAACAGAAAAACAUGUUACUGUCCCAUCGUUUUAUAAUAUAUCAGGCUCGGCACGAAUAAAAUAACGGCUCGGCAAGCCUCGCCGUUAUAUUAUUCUAAGCCUCGCCUGAUAUAUUACAAAACGAUGGGACAGUAACCUGUUAUUCUCUAUUUAUGCCCCCAAAGAAUGGAAUUUAAUUCAGUGGGAAAGAGUUAAUAUUUGCAUUUAUCACAUUCAAUAAGGCUGACAGGCAACUAUCUUUGACAAAGUCGUCCUUCACAUCUCCAUUGAUUUUGGAUAUUACUGGAUUUGUAAUUGGAGUUUGAUACUUUGUUUUGAACAAGCACAUGGUAACCUUGAAGGUCACGGUUAUUUUUUUAUUUUUUGACAUCAAUGAGCAAACUACAGCACUUAUUGUCACACUUUUUGAUCUGUUUAAAAGUGUAUGUGGGAAUGAAUCACCUUAACAAAUUUUUCACCUAAACAUAUUUAUAUAUUAACUAUUUGAAUGGCCUUCUGUCUGAUUGGUUGAAUUAUAAUACUGUCUGUGACAAGGAACCAAUGAGAUGCCUAAUUAAUAUUGAAAUUGAUUCAUAGCAUAGAGUUGCCAGAGUCCGGGAGUUAUUUCUCAGUAUAUCAAGAAAGAGGCAGAGUCUGUUAAUGGGUUCCAAAAAGGUCUUGAGUGGUGAUUACUAUUGUGGCAAUAAGUGCAUAAUGAAAAGAAACUGAGUUUCUAUUGGGCCAUUGGCUUUUGACAUAGUCAAAUAUAUUUGUGCUUGGUUUUCUAUUCUAAAUAAUAACAAUUAAAUUGAUGUGAUGAAAUUCUUUUCAUUGUUUCUUAGAAUAUGUGUGAGUAAUAUUUGUGUAAUUUUAUUGUUAUUUAUGUGCUUUUAUAUUUUGUUACUAGUUUUCUCAUUGUUUUUUUGUUUACAUAGCUUUAUGAAAGCACUUGUAUUAUGUUUUGCUUUGUAGUAUUUGUAUAAAAGGUUUUUACCAUAGCCAAGAUUUUGAUGCUUUGUAUAUUUUAUUUCAUGUUUAUGACUUUUACCUGCAAUUAAAAAGACAAAAGCUACUGGUAUGUUGGUAGCAUUCAAAUAUGAAAGUUGAUAGACAUGGGAGCUGCACAGGCCAAUCUGAGACAACACUUUACGCACAAGCAUUAUGCCCAGUUUUCUCAGAACGCGACUUAUAUGUAAGAUCACUAUGCACAUGCAGUAGGCCAUAGUUUUAUCUAAGUGAGGCUCAUGUUUUCUGAGACAUGAAGUCACAAGUUUGAACUAUUCUGAUCAUUCAGCAUUUAAUAGAGUUUGAUAAAACAUCAACAUUAUUAGACCUGCUUUCCCGCAUAUUACAAGGCCAUUCAUACUAACAAAGUGUGUGUUCUUUUUUCUUUCGAGCAUCAUUUAUAUCUGUAGUUAAAAGGAGCUAUUAUCAUUGACCUCAUUUCUUAUGCACAUACUCUAUCAAUUGAUGCUUUAGGAAUUUUAUUGAUGUAAUAAUAAACACAGAUGUGUACACAAUUACUCUACACGCGUUAUUUUGAGAGGAUGCUCUUUUACAGGUGCCUCGUACAAAUUUCCACUUGAAAGGGAAAAUUAUAGGAAGUAGUGGGGAUCAAUAAAAUAGUUGAGUUUUUCUCUAAAGAGUAAUUCACAAUCUGUCUGUGUGACUAAUGACAUUUUAUUCAGUAUGAUGUUUUAUUAUAAUACUGAUGUUUUUCUGUGCUUUUUAAGUGUGUAUAAAGUGUUUCAUUACAAACCGUUAAGUAAACAAAUUAAUCUUUGAAGCUAGAAAAGUUUUGGACACAUGUGUAUGAUGAUUUAAAGUUCUUAAUUAGUAGUUUGAUUUCUAUUAUCAUAUUGUAAGGUCUCUCUCCAGAAUAGGUGACUAGGCUUCAAGGAAUUGGCCUUUUAUGGAUGUAAAGAGGAUUUUUUCAUAUUAAUGAUGUAUUAUAAAUAUAUGUAUUGUUUUUGAGAAAAUCUCUGUUUUAAAACAUGACUGCAUAAACAAAGGCUCAAUUUGACUUUACUUUUUGUGACAUAUGGUGACGACUGAUUUUAAAUACUUGUGCAGGAAAUGCAUUAACAUGUGAUAUUGUGACAACGCAUUUUAAAUAUUGUUAUACUUGUUUAAAAUGCUUAUUAUACGUGAAAGGAAAAAAUGGAGGGGGUUUUAGUCUGCAGUAGGUAAAAAUAAUUGUAAGGGCUGGGAACUGUGGCAAAUAUUGUGCAUCAAUUUUGAGUUAGAUGAGAGCCCUUUUAAUGAAGCUGGGUUGUCCAAAUGAUUUCUUGGCCUGAUUAAAAAACUGGGUUAUUUGGGGUUAAAAACUAGGUCAAUAGGUCAUAUUAAACAAAAUCAUCAUGAAUACUUUCUUGAAUCUAGUAAGAAAGGUCUUUAAUUGAAUUUAACUUUGCUACACUAUACGUAUCUAAGUAGUAAAGGGUUAAGGAAAAAAGCUUUUGAAAACUAGAGUUCGAAAUUGGCUCAUGUGGGGUCAAAACCUUGCUCAAAUAAAAGAAAAAGCUUGUGAACAUUUUUGAAGGCACAUUUGUUUGCACAGUCUUCAUAAAACUUGCUCGUAAUAUUUGUUCUCAUGAUUCCUCCAAUUAGUGAGAUCAAAAAACAUGGGCGCCAUGAGGCAGUGGGGUCAUCCAUAUGCCAAAACCAUUUUUACAUCUAUAGGUAAUAUUUUUUACCCAAUCAUUCAGAAACUUGCUCAAAAAAAUAAAAAAGUAAGUUGUCAAACUUUUAUAAACACUACCUGCUGAGAAAAGUUAAAUUCCUUGGGGCUACAGGUGUGCGCCUUAGGGUUGUUACAUGACCUAUGACCUAGUUUUGUUAAAUGAUAAUUAUUUAAACUGCAAAUGUACUUUUGUACUGAUUUGUAAUGACAUUUGAAUGUUGUUUAUGAAGAUAUGCAUCUUUUAAGAAAGUAAAGUUUAUGAAAGGGUGACUAUGAAUCUUAACCUUUUGUUAAAAAAAAAUCACAUGUGAAAAUGAGACAAUUUUUUGACAACCUUUUUUUAAUGAUAUUCAAACAAAAACCUGGCAUUGUAUCAUAACAUACAUUUUAUUUCAAGUGUUUUAUGUCUAUCAUUUUAACCAUACUGUGUUUGAUGUAUUCUGAUGGUUAUUUGUCCUUUGCAAUAAGUUGCGUUAUUGUGUCAAUGUUCAAUGGAGGCUUUUCAUAUUAUUAUGAAAUGUAUUGACUAAUUUUGUAGUUAAUAUGUGAUCUAUGAUAAUGGUUAUUAGAUAUUGCGCUGUACAAUACAGAGAGGAUAUUUGUUAGACACAAUGGAAUAUCGAUUUUAUUUCACAAGUGAUCAUAGGAAAUAUUUUUUUUUUUUAUGAUCAUGAGUUAAUAUUGGUGGAAUAUCGAUUUCAUUUCACGUGUAAUCAUAGAAGAAAAAAAAAUAUGACCAAGAGUGAAUUAAAAUCGAUAUUCCAUCAAAUCCAACAAAUUUACUUUUUAUUUUAUGCGUUUUUUUCACCUUUUAUUUACAUUGUUAAAGAGUUUAACUGGAGAAUUUCGCUGGAAUAUUGAUGUCAUUUUGUCAAAAAAAUGACAUCAUUUCACAGUAAAACAGUGAAAAAUAUCAAUAAUUUUGUUUGAAACAGUGAAAUAUCAGUUUUAAUUCACUAAUAUUUCUCUAUAAACCACCGGAAAGCAUAAAAUAAAGAUCUAUAUUUGGACGAGUACUUUGUUUGAAAAUUCAUAUCCCUCAUCCAGUAUGACUUUAAAAGCUGUGUUCUAGUCCAAAUAUAUAUGGUAUUGUACUGAAGAAAUGUCUUAUAAAUAAUAACUUCCCAAGUCAUACAGAUUCUAAUGCCCGUGAGUAUAAGAAUGGAGACUAAUGGAUGGAAGUAUAGAACAUAGUAGUGCAUAGUCAGGAUAGGGCUAGCUUUUUUUGGACAACUUCAACUUCAAACUUGUGAGAGGCAGUGCAUUAUACAUGUAGUUGAUAGCAUUGUAAACAUUUAAUGAUUAAUUUAAAUAUGUGUAAACUUACCACUCAUUUUAAUUCGAAUAAUUUUCUCAGUUAAGGAUUUUAAAGUUAUAAAAUAACUUAGUACACUUGUACUCAACUCUUAAAAAAAUGGAAAUAAGUACUGACUUUUUGGAUGCAAAACAGUAAUAUAUUGGACAGUCACAUGGUACAAAUUAUAAAUGCCGAAUUGAUGUAUUUAUUAGAUGAAGAAUUAUUUGUUUUUUUGAGGAUUUUUUUUAUUCAACGACAUAAAAUAAUUAUCCAUGUUAACUGAUAAAGUGAAUUAAUGCUAGAGAUGAGUUUAAAUUAUACAAAAAAUUGUUAAGCAAUAACUUAAUUUCAUGAGUAAACUUAUGGUAUUGUUAAGUUUGCAUUUGGUUCUUUGAUAUUUAUUAUUGCUUUAUACAAAAUAUCAGAGGACAUAAUCAUGUGAUAGUCACGAUUGCGACGUCCAUGCCAAGACAGGCUAUUAUACCCUCUAUUAUUUUUGCUUAAUUUUUGAAUGCUGCUCGCUUUCCAGCCAUAUCAGUAAGUUUCAUAUUAAUAUUCUCGUGAUAACUUGACUUAACUUGCUACCAUUUUUCUAAGCGGGAGCUUUAAUUUUGUGAUCCCGCUUUGAAAUUUCGAGUUAAGUCGAGAUAUAGAGCGAAUAUUUAUACGAAAUCAAUGCUAAUCACUUUCAUUCUGAUAUGGCUGGAAUGUGAGCGCCAUUAAAAAAAUUAAUAAAAGUAAUAAAGGGUAUAAAACUGCAAAAAAUAGCUGUCUUGGCAUGGAUGUCUCAAUUGCCAUCUUGACUGUCACGUGAUUACCCCCGCUGAAUAUAUUGACCCAAGAUUUUAGGAAAGCUUGUUUAAAAAAAUCAACAUUGCUUCAUCUGUUGAAUUCUUGUUGCUUAUUGAGAAAUAAAUUGCAACAGUAAUAACAUGGAGUAAUGUAUGGUGACAUUCUUCUGCAAAAUAAAUACAAAUCUUAUUAUGCCCCCCUUCGAAGAAGAGGGGGGUAUAUUGCUUUGCUCAUGUCGGUCUGUCGGUCGGUCCGUCCACCAGGUGGUUGUCAGACGAUAACUCAAGAACGCUUAGGCCUAGGAUCAUGAAACUUGAUAGGUAGAUUGAUCAUGACUAGCAGAUGACCCCUAUUGAUUUUCAGGUCACUAGGUCAAAGGUCAAGGUCACGGUGACCCGAAAUAGAAAAAUGGUUUCCGGAUGAUAACUCAAGAACGCUUAUGCAUAGGAUCAUGAAACUUGAUAGGUACAUUGAUCAUGACUGGCAGAUGACCCCUAUUGAUUUUCAGGUCACUAGGUCAAAGGUCAAGGUCACAGUGACCCGAAAUAGUAAAAUGGUUUCCUGAUGAUAACUCAGGAAAGCUUAUGGCUAGGAUCAUGAAACUUCAUAGGUACAUUGAUCAUGACUCGCAGAUGACCCCUAUUGAUUUUCAGGUCACUAGGUCAAAGGUCAAGGUCACAGUGACAAAAAACAUAUUUACAAAAUGGCUGUCACUACAACUUAGAGCCCAUAUGGGGGGCAUGCAUGUUUUACAAACAGCCUUGUUAAAUAUUAAACAUAAGGAGCAUACAUACGAUACAAACCUAUCUUGGGAAUACACAAUUAUUUAAAUUAAUACCUUAAGCAUUGAAAACUUGUAUUUGUGGUGUUCAAAUGUUCCUUGUUUAAAUUUAUAAAAUAUUGUCUGGUUGAUGAAUGCAAAAUAUUGUUGCCAUAGUAACUAUACAUUCUUAUGUUACUGAAUGAUUAUUGUUAAAUGUGUUUUGCAAUACUGUGAUUUGUGGAAAAAUAACGUUAUUUGUCUGAUAAUAAUCCAUGAAACUUUACGGCGCUAUAUUUUGUCUUUGAAUGGUAAAAUUGUGGAUAAAAAAUAAUAUUUGAAUGUAUAAUAAUCGUUUAUGGACAAUGAAAAUGAUUACAAAACAGUUAAUUGUUGCUCUAAUACAAAUAAACCUUUGAAACCAUUAAAGGGAUCGGGUGUACAAUACCCAACUGGGAUCGGUUUUAGCAAGUUGUAUCAUUGUGAAAUAAUCAGGUGUGUUACCUUAGUUGGGUGAUCCAGAAUAGCAGAAUUUGCUUGUAAAAUAAAUGAGCCGCGCUCUGAGAAAAGGGGUUUUAAUGCAUAUGCGUAAAGUGUCGUCCCAGAUUAGCAUGUGCAGUCUGCACAGGCUAAUCCGGGACAACACUUUUCGCUUUUAAGAUAUUUUUCAUUAAAAGAAAGUCUCUUCUUAGCAAAAAUCUAGUUUAGAGGGAAAGACACUUCACGCACAUGCAUUAAACCCCUUUUUCACAGAGCACGGCUCAUGCAUGUCGGUAUAUCUCAUUAAGAAAAAUUAAACGUUACACCGCCUAUUGUUAGAAGUGAUGACAACAUUUUAAUUAAAUACAUUUACUUUUAACAGAAAACCUAUAUAAAGUGACUCAAAAAAGCUUAAUUGAUAUUCAUAUUAUAUAGCUUGUUUAUUAAUGGCACCAAUACUUAUGAAUUGUAUAUGACUGUAGUCUUUUUUAAUUAGUUUAAUUUGCUUGAAGCUAACAGUGCUUAUUUUUUGUUUGUCUUUAAUGAUAAUGUUAAUAUGUUUGUGAUUAGUAUGGCAAUAAAAUUGCUGCUUUA